UCCCUCACGGCCCAGGUAAAGUGAAGCAACGAAAAGAAAAGCAUCCAUCCCCUGAGUUUGAGAGCUUCCUAAUCGCAGUUCGUCCUCGCCCAAAUCGAGCAGCCAUGUCGCUGAUUCCCCGCGGCAACGCCUUCGACCCCUUCUCCCCUGACCUCUGGGACCCCUUCGACGGCUUCCCCUUCGGCUCCGGCGGCAGCAGCAGCCUCUUCCCCUCGUUCCCGCGCAUCAGCUCCGAGACCGCGGCCUUCGCCGGCGCGCGGAUCGACUGGAAGGAGACGCCCGAGGCGCACGUGUUCAAGGCGGACGUGCCGGGGCUGAAGAAGGAGGAAGUGAAGGUGGAGGUGGAGGACGGCAACGUGCUCCAGAUCAGCGGCGAGCGGAACAAGGAGCAGGAGGAGAAGACUGACACCUGGCACCGCGUGGAGCGCAGCAGCGGCAAGUUCCUGCGCCGGUUCAGGCUCCCGGAGGACGCCAAGGCGGACCAGAUCAAGGCGACCAUGGACAACGGCGUGCUCACCGUCACCGUGCCCAAGGAGGGGGCCAAGAAGCCCGAGGUUAAGUCCAUCCAGAUCUCCGGCUAGGCUGCUUGAGAUUAAGGUUCAGGUUCAGUUCGCUGCUGUGAGUUUCAACUCGCUCUUUUGUGCCUUUUGCUCGUGUGGAUGGAUUUGGGUGCGUGUUCAACGUCCGUGUCCAGAGUUAUAGUCAUGUAAUGCAAGCAUCGAGUCCAAAGUGUGAUGUACUGCUGUGAUCAACUUCUGUGCUGAUUUGAACGAGCGAGUCACAGUUCUCUCUUAA